ACCACGUUAUAUGAGCAAGCUGUUUCUGAACUGAUUUCUAGCUGCUAAUUCCCGUCGUGUACCACUAUGCAACACUAAAUUAGAAUGUCUGUAUCCCAAAAGGAGAUAUCUGGGACUUGGUUUCCCACAGGUUACCAUGGUCAUUUUAGAAGUAAAACUCGUUCAGAUUUUACUGUUCCAUAUCGGCAAAGAGCUAAACCUUCGCCACCUCAAAAAUUUCUCAACUAUUCGAGGGAAAGGACAAACAGACAUCUGUUUUCAAGGCAUGAUAACCGAAAUGCACACAGCAAUGAAGGAGAUCUUGAAGCUUUUUUCCACAUGGGUCUUGGAAAAAGAAAAUAUGUACAUUCAAAUAUUGGAAUAGCAUCCCAGCACAGCAAAAACACAAGAGAUCUAAUAACAUGGAGGGGAAAUGAAAACGAUUCUAUGAAGACAACAUAUCGUGAUCACUUUGAACGAUCAUCAUCCACUUCAACAGGCUGGAAUGAAGCUGAGCCAAUUCAUAUUCGAACAAACCUCAAUAUUCACCGUAGACACUUCAGAGCUGCUUCUGCACCACCUUCCCAGCAUCGCGCACCACCACUGCUUGCAUGGAAUGACUUAGAUGAGACUUACAGCUCUAAACCAGGCAUUGGAUCAAGGACAUUAAGAACGCAAUUAGCUCUAGAGAGACCUAGCUUGCUCACCCACUCCGCUCCUAAUGCUUCAUCAGGUGGUUAUACUGUAUCAGAGACUGUGACAGAAUUGAACACAAGAUGAGUUUACACUGCAGCUGACUGUUAUACAUAAAUAGAAACCAUUACUUUCUAAGAAGAAGUACUGUUAAGCUGCCUAAGUCUUGAUCCUCGAGGGACUGUGAUAAAAGACAUGCAGUCUCUGCGAGAUUUAUAACAAUUGCUGUAACCCUCAAUGUAAAGUGUACAAUAUACCAGACAGGUGCUUCUUAAAGAUACAGUGUGCAAACUAAUGGUUUUAUAUUCAAGAGUAAUUGCUUUUGUAAAUGAGGAUAACUAUGAACAUGUUUGCACAUGUAGUUCUAAGUGGUCAGAUUAUUUAACAAAAUAUGGAGAAAAAAUAUUGAAAAUCCAGUUUUUGAUUAGAGGUCACUGGUAAUAGAUCCAUCUUAACUGUUUUAAUGGCUCAAUAUAUUUUAUAUUUAAAAUACUUAUAUUUGCAAAAUAAAAGUUUUAUA